AUGUUAAAUUUUGUCGUAUCAUGUUACGUCUCUUAUACUUUUACUAAGUUAGCUAUAACUUCAGAAAAGGGUAAAAAGCGCAGACUCGCCAUUAUUGAAUGUGGGUGUGACAUUAACAUGAUGGUUGAUCUGGCUAAAGCAGCAGAUCUGGUGGACGUCAUCUCCCUGUCUGGUGUCUUAUGGAAUGAAUGUCACUUUCAGCCUAGAGACACAGUUGUGAUGGAAGAUUUGACAAACCCAGAGGGUAUCCGAACAAGCAUGAAAUGUGACUGGCAGGUGUCACUUUAUGGUUAUGUAAGAGGAGCACACUUGAAAGGGAUAGGAGAUUUUGCCAUGAGUGACAUCAGUUUCCUCCCAGACCCUUGCGCUCUUCCUGAACAACGAAAGAAGUGCUGUUUAAAUGAGAAGGAGCAGCUGGUUUAUGCGCUUCUUUCUGGAGUUGGGCGUGUGCUAUAUGACAAAGACGCUGUCUAUGUUGACCUUGGUGCAGCCAUGGUUUUCAGGCAUCGGACGAGGUGGAGCCCACCCAUGAGCUGGUCGAGUCUUAUCUCCACCCACUCCACCAUUGAUGCCAAGGUGGCUUCAAGUCGGGUGACGCUGUUUUCUGAUUCCAAGCCACUUGGGUCAGAGGCUAUAGAUAAUCAAGGUGUCAGAGAUGGCUUUGGAUUUCCAGUUCUGUGUGCUCCUGUCUGGCUCCUGAACCCAGCUGAAGAGAUGACUUUGGAUUUUAACCCUUCUGCCAAUCCAGAGGCAACCACAAUAUUCCAGAGGAACUCUCAAACAGAUGUUGUAGAAAUAAGAAGAAGCAAUUGUACAAACCAUGUAAUAUCUACUGUGCGUUUCAGUCAACAAUACAGCUCAUGUUCGACAAUACUCCUUGAUGACAGCACAGCCAGCCAGCCUUAUCUUACAAUGACAAUAAUAUCUGUUUUUUUGAAGUAAUGCACAUUCCUAUUUUAUAGAGAUGCAGAUGGAUCUUUGACCUUAUUUGAUGAACAGUUAUACUCAUUUACUGUUUCCACCAUACACAUUACCCAGAUGAGAAAUGGAGGUGGGAGUUUUAGUAACUAUUCCUCCUCCAUUCCAUCGACUCCCAGCACCAGCCAGGAGGACCUUCAGAUCAAUGUUCCUCCCACUGCCAACACACCCACGCCUGUUCGCAAGCAGUCCAAGCACUGGUCCAAACUGUUUACAUCUAAGAAAGGGAGUGACCCAGACAAAGAGAACAAAGCCCCGGAGAGUCAUGCUGACACCAUCGGGAGUGGCAGAGCCAUCCCCAUUAAACAGGGCAUGCUCUUAAAGCUAAGUGGGAAAUGGCUGAAGAAAUGGAAAAAGAAAUAUGUCACCCUCUGUGACAAUGGCAUGCUCACCUAUUAUUCAAGCUUAGGUGAUUACAUGAAGAACAUUCAUAAAAAAGAGAUUGAUCUUCGAACAUCUACCAUCAAAGUCCCAGGAAAGAGGCCACCCCUAGCCACAUUGGCCUGCGUGCCCAUUUCCAGCUCUAAAAGCAAUGGCCUAUCCAAGGACAUGAACAGUCUAUGUACCUCAGCCAAUUCAGACACCGGGCUGAGUGACUCCAUAUGCUCCAGCCCCAAUAUCUCCAGCACCACCAGCCCCAAGCUCAGCCCACCCCCCUCUCCUCAUGCCAACAAAAGGAAACAUGGAAGGAAGAAAAGCACCAAAAACUUAAAAGACGAUGGCUUCUCUGGCACUUCUGAAGAACGAGAAGAAAACUUUAUCAUUGUGUCCCUCACUGGCCAAACGUGGCACUUUGAAGCCACGUCGUAUGAGAAGCGGGAUGCCUGGGUCCAAGCCAUCGAGAGCCAGAUCCUGGCCAGCCUGCAGUCAUGCGAGAGCAGCAAAAGCAAGUUCUGGCUAAUCAUCUAGAGGGAGGCCAUGGCCCUGCAGUCCAUCCGAAACAUUGGGAACUCCCACUGUGUGCACUGUGAGACCCAGAAUCCUAACUGGGCCAGUUUGAACUUGGGAGUCCUCAUGUGUAUUGAAUGCUCAGGGAUCCACUGUAAUCUUGGCACCCGCCUUUCCCGAGUCUGAUCUCUGGACUUGGGUGACUGGCCAGUCGAGCUCAUGCAGGUUUUGUCAUCUAUUGGCAAUGAGCUAGCCAACAGCAUCUGGCAAGAGAGCAGCCAGGGGCGGACGAAACCCUCAGUAGACUCCACAAGGGAAGAGAAGGAAUGGUGGAACCGUGCCAAAUAUGAGCAGACGCUCUUCCUGGCUCCAUUACCCUCCAGGGAGCUGUCCCUGGGCCAGCAUCUGCUGCAGGCCACCGCUGAUGAGGACCUGUGGCCAGCCCUCCUGCUACUGGCACAUGGCUCCUGGGAGUAGGUGAACGAGACCUGUGGGGAGGGAGACAGCUGCAUGGCGCUCCAUCUGGCCUGCCGCAAGGGGAAUGUGGUCCUGGCGCAGCUCCUGAUCUGGUACGGGAUGGAUGUCAUGGCUGGAGAUGCCCACGAGAACACAGCGCUGGCCUACGCCCGGCAGGCCUCCAGCCAGGAGUGCAUCAAGGUCCGGCUGCAGUACAGCUGCCCCGACGAGCACGUGUAGUAUCUGUUUAAUUUUAUUUGACUGCCGUCUCCUUGGUGCAAAAACAAAAUGG